AAAAUUUCUAGCACCAUUAGAAGGAGAAAUUCUUACUGUGUAAAUUUUAAAGAAAAAAAUUCCUUCAAUUUUUCUGUUUAUCAAUUUCGAAUUACGCGCUUAAAAUUCUUUCUAUUUCCAUGGCCGCAAGUUCGAGCCGAGGUGGUUCCUUCUACGGUGGCGCCGCUCCUUAUAGAUCAAGAGAAGGAUUGAGCACGAGACCGGUAGCUAGCUCCGAUGAAAUACAAUUAAGGAUUGAUCCGAUGCACGGCGAUUUCGAUGAUGAGAUCUCCGGUCUCCAUAGCCAAGUUAAGCUUUUGAGAAAUGUGGCUGAAGAGAUAAGUUCAGAAGCAAAGUUCCAGAAGGAUUUUUUGGAUCAACUGCAAAUGACCGUACUCAAAGCUCAAGCUGGUGUGAAGAACAACAUAAGGAAGUUGAAUAGGAGCAUCAUCAAGAAUGGUGGAAAUCAUAUUGUACAUGUGGUUCUUUUUGCAUUAUUUUGCUUCUUCUUGGUCUACCUAUGGUCCAAAGUUUCAAGAAGAUAAUCAGGUGGAAACCAAGAUAAAUAAUUAUGGAACCCAUUGUCAUGUAUAGACUGGAAGCUAUCUCGUAGGAUCCAUAUGCUGUAGACUAAAUUUAUAAAUCAUGUAUCAAAAAGGUGAUCACUGUGAUUGAUCUUGUGUUA